AUCGUUACGUCUCAUUUCCCAAUUAGGAAAUCUCUAAAGACAUACGUAACGAUUCCUUUACAAAUUUCCCAAGUUCCAUUGAUUUGGUAAAUAUUCAAUCAAAACGUGACGCAAACUAUUUUGAGUUACAAGCAAAAAACCAAACGGUUCUUUGCGGAUAAGUUUUUGCCUCUUUGGGUGGGAUAAAUGUGUAGAACAUAUCCCUAUAUGCUUGUCUACUUUGAUAUUUAUUUUAUAAAAACUUUGGAUAGCUGGAUUAUGUACGAUUAUCAGUUUCUUAUAUAAAUAUUAUUAUUAGUUUGGAUCAAUUAACGUCAACGCUUUGUUUUUACAUACAGUUGGACUAUAUAUAUAUCAAAUUAGCUCAAUCUUUAACAUGUUAUUUUCAAAAAAUUUGGUACAUAAAAUCUUAGUUGUUUCAGUGCCGAAUUCAUAUGGGUUUAGUCUUAUAGCAAAUUUUACUUGAUGUGAAAAUCAUCAAAAAUAUGUAUUCAUUUCUUGGUUCAGUUCAAAAUGACUUGGUUUCGCUUUAAUAUUUUCAUUUCAACUUUUUUUGUAUGGUUCGAAUUUGGUUUAUCUAAACCGAUCUGGAUACGUCUCUAAACGAAAUGCUGAAAACUGAAAAGCAUGGCGGAUGGCGGCGACCGUUAUAACUUAUGGGAGAACAAUAAAUCUAAUUGGUCUGUACUCUCUUAAGAAACAAGUCAGGUUCCAUGAACUGAAGACAGAUGACAAUUGACACGUGAACGAACCAACAAGAGAUGUGGUCUCCUCUGCUGACUCAUAUAAAGUCGCCACGUGGAUAAUUUCAUUUUCAUAAUCUAAAUAAAAAUUAGUUAAUUCAAGUUCGGCAUAUAUCGAUCGACAAAGAGCGAUGGGUAAAUUAUUAGGUGAAAGCUAUAUUUUACUUCACUUCAAAGUAUUGAUAUUAGUUUCUUAUUCUUUUGAAAGUUAACUUGAACUAAGUGUUGGGUUAUUUGGGAUUUUACUGAAAAUGUUAUUUUUUCUAUGGUCGUAGGUUAUGGAACAAACUCAUACCGUCCAGAUAAAAGUGUCUCAAAAAAAAAUUAUUUGAAAUAUGUUAAGUUUAUUCAGAUUAAAAAGGUUUUUUUUUUUAUAAAAGAUGUGACUAUUCUUCUAGUUGUUUAGAAUAAUGUGAAACUUGAUAGGCUGAUAGCCGUACAUGCCUAGGCGAUCUAAUUUAAUAUAUGGUCUUGAUUCGAACAAAGAAACUCUUAUACUUUUGGAAGAACACUAUUAAAUUUGUUUGAGUAUUAUUUAGUAUUUGUGUAUUUACGACGAAGAGCUGAUGUGAUAAAAUGAGAAUCGAUCAAUCGGAAAUCAAUCGGAAAGAGUACCACAUUAAAAAUUCUCUUAAUUUCUGAUUAAAAAUGUUGUUACAUUGAUCACUCCUCUUAUACUGAGUUGAGCGUGUAACAAACAAUAAAACCACUAAACAUAAUAUUAAAUUGAUCGGUUUAGCAUACUAAACCUACUAAUCUAUUUACAUACUCUGUUAAUUAAGAAAAACAAUAUACUAAUUUCAUAAGAACAACACCUGUUCGAAAAUAACAACAAAGUGAGGAGUGAGGGAAUCUUGAAAUAAAUUAAAAGCGAAUGAAAAGGUUUAGAACAUCAUGUGACAAAAUAUUUAUCUUAUAAAAUAUGUUUUAAAUUUUACUGGUGUCAUAUAUAUAACCCUUUUUUGGUGUCAUAUAAUACUUUCGUUUUAUAAACGAUAAACUCGGAGACGUGUCUGCUUUGAAUCGCAGCUAAUGUACAGUAAGUAUUGUGAUCAAUACAAAAUUUUAAAUCUUCUUUCGAGCGCAUGCAAAAUCGGAAGAGAAGGCGUUUUUGGGUUCUAAGUUGUACAUUCUUAAUUCGAAUGAGUACACUAAUUUAUAUUUCUUACACCUCCAUUUAAAGAUCAUGACCUGACUACUGUCCUUCACUAUUCCUUUGCAGAUUCAGCGUUGAGUCAAAUGAGCCAAUCAAAUUCCAAAAAUAUUUGAUUACUAGUUAGCUAGAAAUGUCAACAUUUUAAAACAUAUUAAUGCAACUGUCAAAAUCAGGUCGACCCUAAUAAUAUUCAUGAAGUAUGUACUACAAAACAUCAUCAAUCCUAAUUAGUUAUGUAAAUGGCUCACCUAAGUUCCGAAAACAUGGUACGUAUCAUCACAUGCCAGACUUUUUGGUUAGUACUUUUAAUACAGAUAUUUUGGGCUCUUUCGGACAUAUAUAGUUUUUUGGCAAAAUUGUUUUACAUAAUUUUCUUUAACAAUACUGAAAAUUUGUAUUGGGGAGUUAACUAGGGGAGAGAGAUGUUAGGGUGGGAUUGGAAGAACAUGUUAAGGAGUGGAGACAUGGCAGUGUUCUCAAAGCAGACACAAACAAUUAGUAGAAGAAAGAGGGAGACAAAAGGCUUUAGCUUCCAUUGUCUACUUCUAUAUGUUUUACAAUUAUGUUAAUUAUAAAGCAUUCUCAAGACCACAAAAAAUAUUGUACGUACGUUUGGUCGUGUUGUUAUUCGCCACGUUCCACUGUUGAAUUCCUUUCGUAUGGCUCCCAUCAUGUUCUUUUGUCCCCUCUUUUUUUCUUUCCUUUACAUCCUCUCAGAAUGAACAAACUUUAGAAAAAGAUAACAAUAAAAAACGUGACACAUUAAUUUUAUUAACGUAUACAAAAGCCCCAGUUCAACUUGGGAGUGCGAAUCUAGUAGUCACUUAGAAUCAAGAUAUCCAAAUGAUGUAUAUGGACCGUGAGACUAAUCGAGUUGAGUAUUUGGGUUUGUUUUCAAUUUUUAUGUAUAUAUAUCAUAUCACCCAUUCUAACAUUUUAUAACUAAAAUUAAACAAACUCAUCCAUUCUAACAUUUUUCUCAACAAAACUCAUCCAUACUACGUAUUGUGUUAAGUAAGGAAUGAUCUGUAUUAUGUUAAGCAUAUAACUAUUCUAUAGUGUUAACUCGGUAUUAUAUUUUUAAUAUCAUAAUAAUUAUAAUGAUAGACCUUUAGAAGUAAACACUCUCCUUAAGACAGACAGAGAAAUAUCUUUACCCAAUUUUGGAGGCCAUUGGUCCAACAUCUGUAAGGAGAUUCCUCAUCUACAAGCAAUUAACAUCAUGAACAUGGACUAAAACCCCCGUUUUAAGAUAAUCAACUAAAACUAAUUAAUGAUUUACUUCGGAGUUGUAAGAUGACGACAAGUCCCUACUACACUCCAACUAUUUUAAAGUUUCUACCCUUUUUCUUUUUAGAUGCCCAAGAAUAUCCUCUUUGGAUUUAGACCAUUUGAGCAAGUAAUCUAAGUCAUUUGUUUCCUCAUUGGCCACCCUUUUUUUCUAACCUUUAGUAAUGAAAAUACAACAUUUCAAUUUUGAAAGUGUAAAUUUUUCAUUUUUGUAGAGUAAUAUAUUUUAUUGGACGUUUAUAAUGUCUAAGUUUAGAUUCCGUUUUUACUACUGUCCCUCGGCAUAUUUAUAUGAAGCAAUCCUAUAGAGCUCCAAGUUUUACGAAACCUACUUAAAACUCAAUUUAAGACUUUAGCAAUUGCGUUAAAAAAACAAGUCUUUAGCCAUUAUUCAAUGUAUAUAAUAAUUAAUAUAUAAUCAGUAUGAUUAUAUAAAAUAUGAUAUUUGAGUUUUACUUUGAAGUUUUUUUUUUGCUUAUUCUAGAUCUUUGAAUAAUCAUCCCUUAGCAUGUCUUACUCAUCUUUGAAUUUUGUCAACCGGUGCGGUAAAAUAUAUAAAGUUGUAAACUAAAAUCUUAGGUAAAUACGAUUUGGCAAUUUUGUCAACCGGUACGGUAAAAUAUAUAAAGUUGUAAACUAAAAUGUUAGGUAAAUACGAUUUGGCUUAAUUUCUAGCUCUAAUCUACUAGCAAGGGCACCGAUUAUCUUUCCCAAAAUAUAAUAAACAAAUUUCUUAGCCAUGGAUCCCUAACCACGAAUGAAAAGAAAACAAAAGAGAAACAAAUUCUAAAGUAUGAUGAUCGGGACUGAUUGGGUCGUGGAAGACAUUGAUACAAGUGAAUGUCCUCUCCAUUGGACAGUAGAGUCUCAUAAUAAGUCCCUUAUCUAGUGGUGUUCCCUCCAAACUUUUUAUAGUUUCCUAGAUGCUCGCAAUUAUUACUUUCUACCAUACGUGUAGACUGUGUAGUACAUUACUUCUUAUCCUUCGAUUUUAGUAAUGAAUAAAAUUUUCACUUUAGUAAGUUUCACGUGCCAAGGCCUUCGACUUUCCUUCUCGUAUCAAUGACGUAUAAAAUAUAGAGUAUCGUAAGUGAUGUAUUGUACUGUACUUUAUAUGGAGCGCGCCAUCAUUUUUGUAUAUAUGUAUGAAGCAAAAGUUCCAAUUAAUGGGUAUCGACCAUAUUUUAAAUUUUUUUUGUCUCUCGUAUGAAUAUUGAGUAUAACAAAUGAGAAACACUUAUACAUAUAAUAAUUUUUAUCACUUUAAAUUUUUUUUUGUUGUUAAUGCUUUUAUUGACUAUUUUUUGUAGUACAGUCCGUUCAGGUUGGGAUCCCAAUAGUGGAUAUUCUUUACAAACAAAUGAACAAUAGUCGUCGUACUACCAAUAUAAUGGUGCUGGCUUUGUGAUUGUUCAUCACAAUGCACGAUGACUAUGUCUUAAUUAGAUUUGUUAAUUACCUAAACAGGAAAGCCUAAUCAUCUUCUUUACGACAUUAUUUUGGAUCUCUUUUGCAGAGCUAUACAUACAUGUCUACAUGCAUACUAGAUUAUUAAAGGUGUUUUAUAGUUGUGAACGGAGAGGUAAACGCAAAACUAAAUAAGAUAUCGCGAAGACUACGAAUAUUUAUAUUAAUUCAAUCAAUGACAUUUAAAGUCUUUUAUUAGUUAAUUUCUAAUUAUAAAAUAAUGUUAAAAGAGUUAUUCAUUUAGAAGUAUUUUUUUGUGCACCAAGAAGUAAAUAAUCAUUUUAGUAUAUAAAUCAUUUUAUUUCUUAAUGUACCAAUUGGAGGAGGGGGUGAAAUAUUGAAAAACUAAUUGACACUUGCAGAUGAGUUUUAAAUUAGUCAAUUGUCUCAGUUAUCAACGUCGUGUCUUUACAAUAUGAAACAAUAUUAAAGAUGGUGUGAUAAAGAAACCACUUUAACUAAUCCUCCUAGUUUUAACACAGAAAGACUCACAACGAGUCUCGGGAGUGUAAUUAUAUCCAGUGGCAGUUUCGAAAUUUUCAAAAACAAGAAACCUACAUCAGGAAAAUAACACUUCAUACAAAAAAAAAACUCAUUUCUUGGCACUCUACACCCCCUUUAUAAAUCAUAGGCCUUCUUCCUCUUCCCCAGCACAACUUCUCUCAUCUCAUAAAAAGUGAGACAAAUUUAGGAUAGAGAGAAAGAGAGAGAUCCAAGAACAUGAACCACACUCUGGAUGAUCAGAACAUGGCUUUUAUCUCUCAAUUGUACCCUGAUAUCUACACUCAGAUAGUACCACAACAAGGUGAAGUGAAGCCACCGAAACGAAGGAGAAAGAAGAGCAAAGUAGCGGUUGCUUCCGGAGAUGGAAGCAAUUGCUUGUUUAGGAAGAGAAAGCUUACCGAUGAGCAAGUGAACAUGUUGGAGAUGAGUUUUGGGGAUGAGCACAAGCUUGAGUCGGAGAGGAAAGAUAAACUUGCGGCGGAGCUAGGGCUUGACCCUCGUCAAGUUGCAGUUUGGUUUCAGAACCGUCGUGCACGGUGGAAGAACAAAAGGCUCGAGGAAGAGUACAACAAACUCAAAAACUCACAUGACAACGUCGUUGUCGACAAGUGCCGACUUGAGUCAGAGCUUCUUCAGCUCAAGGAACAGCUCUAUGAUGCAGAGAGGGAGAUCCAAAGAUUGGCAGAAAGAAUAGAAGGAGGCUCGAGCAACAGUCCAGUUUCUUCUUCAGUUUCUGUUGAAGCCAACGAGACGCCGUUUUUUGGAGACUAUAAAGUUGGAGACGACGGUGAUGACUACAAUAACCUGUUUUACCCGGUGCCUGAAAACAUCUACAUUGAUGGAGCUGAAUGGAUGAAUCUUUACAUAUAAAAUCACUAGCUAGCUUAAUGUAAUAUUUUAAUCGUAUCAACUAGUGUCGUGAAUUAGGGAAGACAAUUUUAGGUAAAUUGGUAGAUUAUAUAGUGCUCUAUUUCUAAUGUACAAAUAGUUAUAAUGACGAUGGAUGUCUCGCUAGUGUAUUUAUGCAAUCUUGAUGUAAGCAACAGUUGCUUGCGUACCUAAUUAUGAGAAAUCUGUAUUAAUUGAAGCAACUACGUAAUUUAGGUUCUCA